AUGUUGGUCGACAUGGAUAACCCUCCACCAUCAAGAAUAAGCAUCACCGACUUGCCUAGAGAAGUGAUCAGGCUGAUAGCCCUCAAGAUAUACGAUCCACUGGAACUCACACAGCAAGAUCGUCUGACAUGGGGUAUAUUCUCAACCGUCGACAUGCAUCAAGAGCGUCAGGAUGAUCUAGCAUCGCUGAUCUCGCUGGGGAUGGUGUGUCGCAAGAUUCGAAGAGAGGUCAGGAGGAUACUGUUCACCUGUGUGAGGGUCUCGGGAGUUGAUUGGGCUGAGGAAGUCAUAGAGAAUAGGGAUGGUUGGGCGAGAUAUGUCAAAAGCAUCAUCAUCGACUUGACAAUGUUCGACUCUGACCCCGAUGAAUCCACUCGAACACGACUGUCACGCAUCGAAGCCAACCCUUUCACCACACAAUCCACUGACAUAUCAUCAUCGAAUGUAUUCACCGAGAAUACCAUCAUCAAACCUCGAUCAUGCUGGGCCGAAUCGUCUUUGCUCACUUCUCUUCUCAACUCCUUGCCCUCCUUGAACCAUCUAUCAUUCUUCGCGGAUGCAUCGGACGAUUCGACCCUUGCAUUACUCUUCGCUUCCCUGAUACCUCAUCCUUCAUUACAUGCUAUCCCACCUACAUUUCUCUCUAAUUCCCCAUCAACCCUAUCCACCAUAUCAGGCUCAUACGGACCCUCACAACAAAGUAGGAAUCCCAGUAUCUAUAUACCGUUCACUCAUCGACUGAAAUCAUUCGGGUGGAGACAACGUGCGGCACCUCCAUCAAACUUCCGGCAAUUCAGCCAAUCAUCCACAUUCGUAUCGACCUUGCAUCUCAUCCGACAUUCACAUAAUUUAUCUUUCCUCGUUUUGGAUGCAGAUUUAGAUGAGUUGAACCUGGUAGAUGUCUUGACGCCAUUGAAGGAAUUGCAAUUGAGGAGAUCACCGAUAGGCGAGAAAAGUCAAUUGAUCAGUCUGAUGAUUUGUGGACCGAUCAGGGAUUGGGAUCAAGCAGGCAUUGCAAAUGGUUUUUUGAAAAGCAUGGUCAAUACGUUUGACGGGAUUAAGGAGCUAUUCAUAGACAGACCACUGAAGAAGUCCAUGGAGGUGAGAGAGACGAGUUUUGAAGAUUUCACAUCUCUCCUCUCUCCGCUCUCUUCACUGCCCUGCCUCCGACUACUCCAAGUGGGUUCCUACACAUUCACCACCCCACUUCAAUCAUCUAUCGUCAAGCACCUCUCCAGAACCAUAUCCUCCCUGCUCGUGGUGGGAUUACUGGGCGAAGAAGGUGAGACAGUCUGGUGGGGAAUAUGGAGAAGAGCUUCCGUGCGUGGUAUGAAGUCCUCGCAAGAAGGUGAAUACGAUGAAUAUACAGAUACCUUGAUCAAAUUUUUGGGUGAUGGGGAAUUAAGAAUAUUAGAAGAUGAAUAUGAAGAAUGGUUGAAGAUAUCUAGACCACCUACUCCACCUCAGAGCGUACAGCUGGUACCUGGCCUGGAACUGGAUUUGGAAUCGGAAAGUAAGGAUGAAGAUGUGAGGAUGACACCGAGGAACACCCUAUCGCCUAUCGGGCUGGACGUACAGAGAUUUCAUGCGCUUGGACUUAGUCUCGAUGGGUCGGUGAUAUCUCCUGCCAUGCAGCACGAUGAAGAGAGGGGGAGGAAGAGGAGGAUAAAUGAGGGUGGAGGGGUGAUGGAAGGUGAGGGUAGGAGGGUGAUGAGUCUGGAUAGGCUUUUGGGAUGA